AUGUCAGAAUUAGUCUCUAAAUUCCAGUCCUUAUCCGUAUCCAAGGAAACCUCAUCUCUAAGCAAAGAACAAUCCGCGUUAGAAGCUCAAUGGGACUCCAUCUUAAAAUCCGGUCAAGUUGAAUCAAAUUUGGAAUCAAUUAACCUAUUUUUAAGAGAUAACGCUUUCCUUUUAUCCACAUUACAUCCAACCGUCUCCGAUGUUAACGUUUUUGAGGCUGUGCUACCUUUAUUAAAGCAAUUAGUCUCUUCUACCAAGGAUUCCUACGCUAAAUUUAGACACCUUUUAAGAUGGGCCAAUUACUUACAAACUUUAUUAGAAAUUUCUGAAUCUGAUAAAUUGGUCUUGAAUUUCGAUUUAGAGCUACCUCGUGAAGUAAUUGAAAAGAAGAAGAAGACCGAUGCCAAGAAGGAUGAAGGCGCCAAAGAAGCACCAACUGCCAAGAAAGAUGACAAGAAAGAUGAUAAGAAACCAAGAGGUAAGCCAGAUGAAGAAACUUUGAAGAAAUUAAGAGAAGAAGCCAAGGCAAAGAAAGCCGCCAAAAAGGCUGCUAAUGCCGCCAAGGAAGCGCAACCAGCAAAGGAUGAAAAACCAAAACCAUCUGUUAUUGACUUCCGUGUAGGUUUCAUUCAAAAGGCCAUCAAACAUCCAGAUGCUGACUCCUUAUACGUUUCUACUAUUGACGUUGGUGAUGAAGAAGGUCCAAGAACUGUUUGUUCUGGUUUAGUUAAGCAUUUCCCAUUAGAAGCCAUGCAAGAACGUUACGUUGUAGUUGUCUGUAACUUGAAGCCUGUAAAUAUGAGAGGUAUCAAAUCUACUGCUAUGGUAUUAUGUGGUUCUGAUGACUCUAAAGUGGAGUUUGUUGAACCUCCAGCUGGUUCCAAGGCAGGUGACAAAGUUUUCUUCGAAGGUUUCGGUGAGGAAGAACCAUUAAAACAAUUAAAUCCAAAGAAGAAAAUCUGGGAAGCUUUACAACCACAUUUUUCUACUAAUGAAAACUUAGAGGUCAUCUUUAAAGAUGAAGAAAGCAAAGAAAAACCAAUCUUGAAGUUAACUAAUGCCAAGGGUGACUCUUUCAAGGUCGCCUCUAUCGCUAAUGCCAAUGUCCGUUAA